AUGGCCAGCGCCGACGGCAGCGGCGGAGGGAGAGAAACAGGGAGAGGGGGCGGUGGAAGGAGGGAGAUUGGUCCCCCGGCGGCGCCCUGGAGAGCGCCACUGGAGGGGGGAGCAACUGAAAGUCGCUUUACAUCUAGUCUUUUGAGUGGUCUUGCAUUUGUUCGACACGAUUUUGUACAAGUCGCGACACCGCCACUGCUCUCCCCACCCCCGCGCGAUCCGGUUCCUCAUCCGCCUGCGCGACCCCCAUCGCUUGCGACCGUGGCGGCGCUUCUGGGCAACCCGGUGGAGGUUCUGACGGAGAGAUCGGCGCCGCGGCUCACGAGGCUGCUAGAGAACGUGAUGGUGGAGCGGAGCCUGUGGGCGGUGCACGUCGUGCUGGACGCCGAUCCCGCCGUGGCGGACCGCGCGCGCGCCGCCGUAGCCACCUACAUCGCCGAGGGACGCAGGCCGCCGCUCCCUGCCGACGCCAACGACAUCGACGCGGCCGCAUGGUUCGAGCUGCUUCUCUCCAAGUUUUCUUGUGCAGCGCUGAACCCUGACGAGAAGGUGUUGGAUCUGGGGUCUCACAACUUCUUCAUAUGCGCCAGAAGAUUCUGAAGGAGAACAUGGCGCUGCUCUUCCU